UACACAACUCCCGUCAAGACUUCUCUGAUUCUGGCAUUAUCGGUUGGCUCGUCCUCAGAUCAACACUCAUUACAAUUUAUAUUUGUCAUCACCGGUUUGCUGAGAUAGUUUAUUAGAAUUAAUUGAGAUAUAAGUGCACAUCAAAAUGCGAGCGUUCAUCGCGAUUUUUGUACUUGUAGCUGUUGUCUACGCAGAUAUCUACUUCGAGGAGAAAUUCUUGGAUGAUUCGUGGGAGAAAAACUGGGUUUACUCCGAACAUCCUGGAAAGGAGUUUGGAAAAUUCGUACUUAGCCAUGGAAAAUUCUGGAACGAUCCAGAAAAUGACAAAGGAAUCCAAACGUCGCAGGAUGCGAGGUUCUAUGCUCUCAGCAAGAAAUUCAAGCCUUUCUCAAACAAAGAUAAACCACUGGUGGUUCAAUUCACGGUGAAGCACGAACAGAAUAUUGACUGCGGUGGUGGUUACGUGAAGGUAUUCGAUUGUUCACUCGAUCAGAAAGACAUGCACGGAGAGACCCCCUACCUCCUCAUGUUCGGACCUGACAUUUGCGGUCCUGGUACCAAGAGAGUGCACGUCAUCUUCAACUACAAGGGAAAGAAUCUCCUCAUUAACAAGGACAUUCGUUGCAAGGACGAUCAAUACACUCAUCUCUACACUCUCAUCGUCAAUCCUGAUAAUACAUAUCAGGUUCUGAUUGAUAAUGAAGUAGCUGAGUCAGGCAGUUUGGAGGCCGAUUGGGACUUCCUUCCCCCCAAGAAAAUCAAGGAUCCUUCCCAGACGAAACCAGAGGACUGGGACGAUCGUUCAACGAUCCCUGACCCAGAGGACAAGAAACCAGAGGACUGGGACAAGCCAGAGCUCAUUUCCGACCCAGAGGCCAACAAACCAGAGGACUGGGACGAGGAGAUGGACGGUGAAUGGGAGGCACCAAUGGUUGACAAUCCAGAUUUCAAGGGCGAAUGGAAACCCAAGCAGAUUGACAAUCCCAACUACAAGGGGCCCUGGAUCCAUCCUGAAAUCGAUAACCCUGAGUACACACCUGAUUCUGAGCUUUACAAGAAGGACGAAGUCUGUGCCAUUGGUUUUGAUUUGUGGCAGGUCAAGUCAGGAACUAUCUUCGACAAUGUUCUCAUCACAGAUGAUCCUGAAGCUGCCAAGAAGUUUGGAGACGACGUGUGGAAACCCACUCUUGAGGGAGAGAAGAAGAUGAAGGAAGCUCAAGACGAAGAGGAGAGGAAGAAGGCUGAUAAGGAAGCGAGUGAAAAUUUAACCGAAGACAGCAAUGAUGUUGACGAAGACGAUGAGGCUGAAGAGGAAGACAGCACCGCUGGAGAUGUCGAGGAACAUGACGAGUUGUAAAUAAAUGUCAAGAGUGACAACAAAAAUUCAGACUGUAUUCCAGGGGCUGGCAGGCUUGAAUAUACGCACCAACUGGCACGGGGGGGAAUAAAACCAUCGAAAAGAAGAGUUUAAUCCACAGUAUCGACGUUUUUAUCUGAAACUUUCUUCGGUCCUGUUACACCCAGUAGAUCGUGACAGAUUUCUUUUUAAAUUAACGGAUCAUUCCUCGAUAUCCGGUGGGAUGGUAGGGAGUGCUACAGUGAAAAAAUACUGAACUCGUGGAAAAAUACGACGAUAACGUACUUGCUGCUUGAAAAAUUAUAUAUUGAUGGUACUGGAGAAUCCGUGCUCAGCUUCACCUUCGCCACAGCUCCACAAAGACUAUAAGUUGUUCCGUUUUUGUUUGUCAAGUGUUUUUUAUGAAAGAAAAAUCAUAACAGUGAGUUUGAAAAGAAAAUUCAAUAUUAAUUAUUGUCAGCAAGGUUUACCAAUUCAUGGAUGUUUAUUAAUCUUAUGAUUUGCAGUCGAACGUUCUUUCCUCAUCUACGUAGAAAUUUAUAUGACGGUAAGUGAUUGGGUGUGUGUUUGAAUAUGACUGAGUGAUAAUUAUUGAAUAAUUUUAUCAGAAUAAAUUAAAGAUGAUAAACAUUGAAAACACAAACGCCAAUAACAAUGUAAUAAAUUAAUAAGAAUUUUCUAGA